AUGGGGGCAGUUAUUAGUAGAGAUAUACCAGACAUACCUAAUGAUCCAACUCAAUCAAAAGUAGAUCAAUCCCCUUUAAAUUCAAAUGAAGAUAAUGUGAUAAAUGAUGCUUCCAAUGGUAAUCUCCAGGAAAUUGAAUAUGCUGAGAUACGGAAUAAUCAAAGCUUUACGGAAGAUAAUGACGCACCAGAAGAAACACCCUAUGUAAAGGAGUCAGCGCCAUUCAACAAUCAACAAUAUGAUGUUCAUACAAACGGUGAAUACUAUGAUAAUAAUACACAAUACUAUUAUGAUGAGAACGGAAAUGCCAUCUAUUACGAUCAAAAUUAUUAUACAGCUGACCCAAAUGCCUAUGGUACUACUGAUCAAGUAAUGGAAGGUUAUGAAGUUCCUAAUAAUCAAGAUGCUUGGUAUGGAGAAAAUCAAAAUAAUUAUGGAGUUUUGGAAGGUGAAUAUCAUGAUCCUACAAAUGACAAUCUUGGUACUGAAGAGCAAAUAGAAAACACCGAUCAUACUGGUGGUGAAGCAUUAGAGAAUCAAGACUAUGACAAUAAUGAAGAUUAUAAUGAAGAUUAUGCCGAUGAUGAAAAUGAAGGAGAAAUAGAUAAAGAUUAUGAUGAAGCUUAUAAUGAAGGAUAUGAAGAGGGUUACAAAGUAGGAUAUCAAGAAGGAUAUGAACAAACUUAUAAUUGGUAUCAAGCAGAGUAUGAGAAAUUCAACAGUGAAAACAAGUAUCAUUUGACAUAUGAUAGACUACCCAAAGAUACUAAGAAAUUUUGGAAGCAACGUUAUAGUCUUUUUAAAAAGUUUGAUCAAGGUGUAUUUAUGACUUCUGAACUAUGGUAUUCAGUUACACCUGAAGAUGUUGCAUUAUUUGUUGCCAAAUUUAUUAAAGCUUGUAAUCCAGACUUGAAAACUAUAGCAGAUGUAUGUUGUGGAGGUGGUGGUAAUUCAAUUCAAUUUGCUAGAAAAUUCGAAAAAGUUAUUGCCCUUGAUAUAAAUGAUGAUAAUUUAUAUUGUACAAAGAAAAAUUGUGAAAUUUAUGGGGUAGGAGAUAAAGUUGAAUGUGUACAAGCAGAUUGGAUAAAGAUGAUUGAUACUGAAUAUUAUCAAUACUUGAAAGAUGAAGUAGAUUUGGUAUUCUGCUCUCCACCAUGGGGUGGACCUGCAUAUAAAGGUAAAGAUUUUUUCGAUCUAGAUUUAUUAUUACCCUUACCAAUCAAAGAAUUAUUAAUCUCAUUCAAAGAAAUUUCAUCAAAUAUAGUUUUAUUUUUACCUAGAAACUCAAAUCUAGAAAGACUUUCAGAAGUUACAAGAGAAGUGUUUGGUGAAGAAGCAAAAUGUCGUGUUUUGUAUACUUAUUGUGGUGGGUUCAUUAAAGGUAUUACUGCAUUUUGGGGUGAUAAAUUCAUGCCAGAAAAUUAUUAUACACAUCCUGACUAUAAUGCAACAAAUCUUACAGCCAAUGAUCAAUCUGCUGAAUUUAAUAAUUUAAAUAACAAUUCACAAUUUAAAGAAGCAGAGCAAUUUCAGACUAAGAAAGAUACUACUAAUGAAUAUAAAGCUAGGUCUAAUAGACAGACCACACCUAAAGUUCCAGAAAAGAAGGAUGAAGUCAUGGAAUUGGACUACUAG